AACAUAACACUCAUACAACAAGAAGUAUUUGUACUAAAAAAAAGAGAGCAAUGACGAAGAAGUUGAUCAUGGAGGAUGAGAUGGAGACAUCAUUCAUGUCAUCAUCAUCAUCAUCAUCAUCAUCAUCCAUGAAGGAGCAGGAGCAAAAGCAAGAGCAGUUGCCUCUGUUAUCUCUGAAUCACGUUUCCUUUAUGUGUAGAUCUGUUAUAAGAUCCGUCAAGUUCUACAACGACGUACUCGGAUUCGUUCUCAUCAGACGCCCUUCCUCCUUUGACUUUGAAGGCGCUUGGUUGUUCAGCCACGGAAUUGGAAUACAUUUGCUAGAAAUGGAGACAACUCCAACAAAGAAAGGGGCAAUCAAUCCAAAAGAUAACCACAUUUCUUUUCAAUGCUCAGAUAUGGAUCUUAUAAUCAAGAAACUUGAGGAAUUAGACAUCGAAUACGUGACUGCAGUGGUCAAAGAAGGGGGUGUGGAGGUGAACCAACUCUUCUUCCACGACCCUGAUGGUUACAUGAUCGAGAUCUGCAAUUGCCAUGUUCUCCCUAUUCUUCCCAUCUCCUCGUGCCCACUCAAGAAGCUCCCCGUCAUUCCACAAAUCAUCAACCAACCCCAAUCUUCUUUCUACGGGAAAUCGAGUCCCAAUAAUUACUUCUGUGGGGAAGUUGACGUAUUGAUGAUGGACAACUUGUUAAUAGACAUGAUGCUGAUCUCCAUUUAAGAUCAGAUUCAGACAAAUGCAUAUGAUGCCAUCGCUUCAAGAGGAUUUGGUGUUUCCAUUAUUUACACGAAGGAAAAUUGCAAAGAAAUUAUUUUUUUUU